GCACCAAUUCGCAGAAGCCAGGUGAGGAGUUGCUUCAGACCUUCAAGAACACCUUUCCGCAUCUCGCUGCGACCACGCGCGCGGAGACGCUCAACAACCCCACCACCACGUCGCUCACCGAUGCGCUCGACGUAGCACAUCACAAUCGCCAGUUCGCCGACCAGGAAGAUAUCAAGGACCAGGACCCGACGCCGCGCCCAAACCCCGAGCCCUGGAGAUUUACGCCUUCCCUUCUCGACCCAAACAGCUAUGCUUUCACCUCGUUCGCUAACCAACCGCCUGGAUACUACACUCCCACUCCAAGCGGCACCAACACCCUCUAUCACAGUCAGGCUGGCGACCUGCACACCCCCGGCUUCAGCUUUGGCCUAGGAACUCCCCUCUCGCUGGCCGCCUCCGAGGCCAGCGUGCAUGCUGGCCAUUCCGGACCCAGCAGCCAUUUGCACGGCUUCAAUCCUCACGCCCUGGGAACCCAUCAUCAUUUCCCAACCCAAAAUCCUUUUGCUCUCCAAUCUCAACAUGCGCCCGCCUUUGCGCCGCAUCAGUUCACCCAUGGGCCUUCACCCUUCGAACACCCUCCGCUUGCCCAGACCCAUGAGAACUCGCCCAUGGACAAUGCCAUGCAUGAUGUCGAAAUGCAAGAGAAUUCGCCCUUGCUGGGCUUUACGCCUCAGACGUUUAAUGACAACCUCCAACCCGCGCUCUCGCAUCAGCAGAACCAGAAUUUCCGAUAUCACGUUACUCUGAACGCACCGACAGCCAUGAUCAAGACUUCAGACGAAAUCCCAGUAACGUAUCUCAACAAAGGGCAAGCCUAUUCAAUUGCAUUGGUCGACACCGCUCCUGCCCAGUCAGCGGUUCCAGUCAAGUACAGGACUUUCAUCCGCAUCUCGUUCGAGGAUGAACAGCAACGAGCUCGUCCGGCAUCGUGCUGGCAGUUGUGGAAAGAAGGCCGUGGCACCAACGAAGCCCAUCAAAGAGGAGGGCGUCUCCAAGCCGUCGAAUUCGUUGAUCCAAGCCAGGUCGGCGGUGGAGAUGUGCAGGGACGACCAAAAAUCGAACUCGAAUCCUCCUCAUUCGAUGGUUUCUGUGUGACUUGGACACCCGUUCACAACAGCGCCCCAGAAUGCUCCGUCGCCGUACGGUUCAACUUCUUGUCCACCGACUUCAGCCACUCCAAGGGCGUCAAGGGAAUCCCCGUUCGCUUAUGCGCAAAGACCGAAUUACUCACGAGUGUGCCUGGAUCACCACCGGAGACCGCAAAGGAGCUCUGCUACUGCAAAGUGAAGCUUUUCCGAGAUCACGGGGCCGAACGAAAGCUGUCAAACGACAUUGCACACGUCAAGAAGACCAUCGACAAAUUGAAGCAACAGAUCGCUCAAGCCGAGUCAGGCAUGAAGGAUUUUGGAAAGCGAAAGCGCAGCGGAUCUAUAUCGAAAUCUACCGCUCCCCAACGACCCGGGAAGGUUCCAAAGCACAAGAGAACAUGGUCAAUGUCAUCAGCAAGCUCAGUGUCUGGUGGCCGUGCUCCGGCUGAAGAGGACUUGCAUCUCAAGCUGGCUACUCUUCAAGACAUGUUCAGCUCGACCAGACCUGCAAGCGUCCUCUAUCUGAAGGGAGACGAGCACGACGAUCCGGAUCUACAUCCUGUGCAACUGUCCGGAACACCUCAAGAGUUGGCCAAGAUCGAUACCAACAUUGACACGACAAUGUGGGAGAAACACAGCAUCCAUACUGGACCGACAUCUUCCAUUGUGUCGCCUACGCCGAGUUCGCAAUCUCUGCACUCUGAGCAGCGUCGGGGCUCCACUUUCCAACCACCACCUCCGUUCGUGCCCGUGACGCGAAUGUCGUCGAACGAAUGGAGAAGUCUACCCCAGACAGCAACAAGCGACCUCAAACCCCUCGCGACCAUUACUGCAGGGUCCGACAUCCCGACGAAGGUUCAGCGCCCGUACACUGACGAUCAUUCCCUUUCUGGGUGGAUCGAAGCGUUAGGCGUCGAUCAGACUUAUCAACCGCCACCCGAACCCAUGUUAAAGCCAGUUGCUUGUUUCUUCGUUCAACCCAGGAUCGCCGGGAAACAGCCGGACGAUAAUUAUUUCAGGGCCGUGUACCUGAUGGACCGCACGGUGAAGGCACUCGUUGGGGGAAUCGCAAUGAAGAUCAAUAUUGAACCCACAAAAGUCACCCGAACCAUCCGAAUCAACCAAAAAGGGUUGCAAAUUCUUAUCGACGACGAUGCGGUCCAAGAGAUCCCCGAACAACAGGACAUGACGGCCGAAUUCCACGAAAUUGCAACGCUACCCAUGAAGCGCGAGUGGGACGCGGGCCCGACGGACAUACAGGUGGAUGGCGAUAUUAGUGUCGCCGAAAACGUGAACUCGACAGGCUACGAGCUCCGGCUUCUCUUCUGAAUGCAUGCAUACCAAUAAUGCCAUCGGUCAAACGUCCCACCCAACGUCCCACCCAACGUCCCACCCAACGUCCCGCCCCCGCCUCAACCCCACACCGGUCCCUACCUCGACAGAUAUUACCCCCUAAUGACCAUACCUUAAUGACACCUGUACUAUUCGCACAACCCGAAGCGCUGGCUGGUCGCUUUUCAGGAGAAAUUUGGAUGCUGGAUGGAUACAGGAUACUGAUCUAUUGAUUGAUUAAUUGAUUGAUUGAUUGACCCACUUCACCCCAACGGCGUUGGACCCUUUCUGAUUCGAAGAUACCAUAGCUCUCUUGGAG